GCGCGAUCGAGCAGGUUGUGUCUAGCGUUGUGCGACCGCAACAUUCACGCGCCAAUUGUUAACAGUGCCGUGGUCUAUUAUGACUCUAGUGUGUUAUUGUGUCUCAUAGUGGAAGUUAUUUGCAACUUAUAGACAUAUAGAAGUAGUUUAAAUAAAAUUGUCAGUGUGCCAUGCUAGCGAGUACUAGUAAGUGAAGUGUUGUGAGAUGGCGCGCGGAGCUGUUGUUGUCGCGGCCAUCUUGUUGAUGCUGCGAGCGGCGCGUGCGCACUACACGCCCACGUGGGCCGUGCACGUGCCCGGCGGCAAGGAGGCUGCAGACUCUGUGGCAGUGGAUCACGGAUUCAUUAAUCUGGGAGAGAUCUUCGACAACCACUACCACUUCCAUCACAACUCGGUGGCGCGACGCUCGCUGUCGCCAGCUCGAGGACAUCAUCAUAACCUGCAGUCAGACUCCCGGGUGCAAUGGGCGAGGCAACAGAAGAUCUUAUCCAGAAGAAAAAGGGACUUGAUUGACAUGAGUGAGCAUCCUACAGAUAAGAGUACGUCAUCAAAUGCAACGUCAACAUCGUCAGCUUCGAGGAGGGAGGCGACGGGAGGGAAGCGUGAGAUCCAGCACACACGAGUGAGGGGCCGCCCGCGAGCCGCUGACUCCAGGAUUAUAUUGAACGACCCCAAGUGGCCACACAUGUGGUAUCUGAAUCGUGGUGGUGGUCUAGAUAUGAACGUGAUGGCGGCGUGGCGGGAGGGCAUCACGGGCCGAGGGGUGGUGGUGACCAUCCUCGACGACGGCCUAGAAACAGACCACCCGGAUCUAGUGGCCAAUUAUGACCCCAUGGCGUCGUACGACGUGAACUCCCAGGACUCGGACCCACAGCCUCGCUACGACAUGAUCGACUCCAACCGUCACGGGACGCGAUGCGCUGGCGAGGUUGCUGCCGCAGCCAAUAACUCCCUGUGUGCCGUCGGCGUGGCGUACGACGCUAGUGUGGGAGGAGUCCGAAUGUUGGACGGUGACGUGACCGACGCGGUAGAGGCUCGGUCCUUGAGUCUGAACCCGCAACACGUGGACAUAUACAGCGCAUCUUGGGGACCUGAUGAUGAUGGGAAAACCGUGGAUGGUCCUGGAGAGCUCGCUACCAGAGCAUUCAUUGAAGGCGUAACUAAGGGUCGCAACGGAAAAGGUUCCAUAUUCGUUUGGGCUUCAGGCAAUGGUGGCAAGGAGCACGACAACUGCAAUUGCGAUGGAUACACCAACUCGAUCUGGACCUUGUCGAUAUCUUCGGCGACGGAGCGCGGCGAGGUGCCCUGGUACUCCGAGAUGUGCAGCUCCACGCUGGCUGCCACUUACAGCAGCGGAGCCAUCAACGAGAAGCAGGUGAUCACCACAGACCUCCAUCACUCGUGCACGACAGGACACACUGGAACGUCAGCUUCAGCACCGCUAGCUGCCGGCAUAUGCGCCCUGGCAUUGCAAGCUAAUAGAGAUCUUACAUGGAGAGAUAUGCAGCAUAUCGUUGUAAGAACAGCCCGGCCUGAGCGGCUCAGCAUCGGCGGUGAGUGGAGGAUCAACGGGGUCGGCAGGAACGUGUCUCACUCUUUUGGCUACGGGUUGCUGGAUGCCGCAGCCAUGGUGAGACUGGCACGUUCCUGGAGGACGGUACCUCCGCAGAGGAGGUGCGAACUGGCUACUCCGACACCACAGAGAGCCGUACCGCCUCGCUCUUCUAUAUCGCUGCAGCUGGAUGUCGGGACUUGUCCUGGAGUGAACUACCUGGAGCACGUGCAGGCGAGGGUAUCUCUGUCUGCUGCCAGGCGGGGUGACCUUCGGAUAGCUCUGAUCUCUCCGGCUGGCACUAGAGCCACACUGCUCGCGCCCAGGCCACAUGACUCGUCUCGUGCGGGGUUCAACUCAUGGCCGUUUAUGUCUGUGCACAUGUGGGGCGAGUCGCCCUUGGGUAUUUGGCAGUUAGAGGUCUCCAAUGAAGGACGAUACAUGGGUCGGGCGACAUUGCAAGAAUGGUCGUUAACAUUAUACGGAACGACUACACCGGCUGCUAAAAACGAUCCAAUACCGUUCAGGAAUCCAAUAUUACGUAAGAGUAACGCGACUCGACCCGUCGUUGUUCAGGCAGGCAGAAAGAAUAACAAAGGAAAAUCGAUACCAAUUACCUCUACCUACACGGUCGGUUUAGUUAAGAGAAAGAAGAAUAAAAAUUCAAAGAACCUCAAUAGGAAUGCACAGAAGUCAAAACAGAGUCGUCCCGCGACGCGGUCGCCGACGGAGAGCUCCACAUCGCGGAUCACGACCCCUGUUCCCGACUUGAGAGACCCGCUGGCAGACGCCAGAGAGCGCAAAAUGUCUAGUCUGUUUGAGAAAUAUCCGAAAAUCCAGCGAAUAUAUCCAGCGCCCCUUCAAGCCAACGCUGGUCCUUUGACACAGUGGGAGUUAAUUUUCUAUGGCACGGAAACCCCGCCUCAUGAAUAUGAAGCCACUCAAGAGAACACUCCAAAAGUUGAAUGGGGAUCCAGUCAUGAGUCCAGUGUACCCAAAGAGCCGACGAUUCCUGACCAACCCCAAGAAGAAAUAAAACAUAACUCCAUUGAUGAUGAUUUGGCACUCGUAUGGCAUGAGUCCCAUGCGAUCCGCGAAGAAGGUCCAUCAGUAACCUCUAGCGAGCAGUUCAAGAGCAAUGGAUGCGGCAUGCUGGCUCCACAGCCGCCCCACAGGUGUCUAGGUUUGUGUCUACUUCUUCUCAUUAUUCUUACAGCCGCCGACGCUUUAUACUUACCCUACUGCGCAAUAACUUCAAAACAAAACGAAGGGAAAAGAUAGGGCGAGUCCCUGUUCCAUGACCCGUCGUCGCUUAGAUAGUCAUAAUAACUUUGUCCAUGUUUUGGUUGACGUCAUCGGUAGUGGCGACUUGCUGUGAAACUUUAUUAAAGAGAGAAACAAUUUAUCACUUUUCAAAUAUCACUGGCUUUCACGGUGUAAUAUGAACUUGUGGCCGGUAUUUCGAAGCAGGCACAUGUUUGAUCAGAAUGUGACCCGUGCUCAACAACUGGCUUGAAAUAUCAGCUACUAAUACAAUUUAUAUCGUGUUGUAAACAAUGUUUAUUAUUGUUAAACAUAAAACAUUAUAAACACAGCAGAAUCUAUUUCUAUACCGAAUUCUAACGUGUCAAUUAAGAGUCAGCGAGAACUCCAACAAUUUCAAACAAUUAUUUAAAAAUCUUGUCUUUAUUAAAUACAGGUAAUCUCCCCAUAACGCGGUAGAGUGGUUUUGCGUUAUAGGAAAAACGCUAUAGAGGAUCAUAAAUAGUUUGUACGACACCGUAAUUCGUAAUGAUAAUGAUUAAUUACAAUUAAACGAGUAUUUUCAAUUGUUUGCGUAGUUUUACUAUUUUAUUAAGGUUUCUAAUACACAAAUUUAAUAAAAUAUUUUUUUUGAUAACAAAAUUGACAUACGGGCAAUGAAGCUAAUUAUGAACUGUACAAAUCAUUAUAAAUUUCACACUACAGAAAUGUGUAUGUGGGAAAUCCCCGUGUUAUAUGGGGCCGGGCUACAGCGCUAUAGGGAGAAUUACUUAUACGUUGAGACGUCACGUCUUUGAUAUUAAUUUGUUGAUUCUAACAUUUCAUUUUUCAUUGGUUAAUUCUCUCUGGCUUCAAUAUGACACCUACUACAACUGAAGUUAAGCGACACUACCUAACAUGACGGCACCCUUACAUGGACCCUCGUGAUUCUAGUUAAAUAUAAUACAAUUAUUAAGUUAUAAGUACAAGCUGUUAUUUAUGUUUGUUUUAUACACUAUUGUGAACAUAAAACCGUAAUUAUGAAAUUGUUUUAUACUACAACAUUAUUUUCUAUAAGUACGUACCGCGCUGUGUCAAAUAAUUUCCAAGUUCGGAAUAUUCGAAUUAUUUUUGAAACGUUUUACUUUUGUUACUUUCUAGAAAUCGCAUUGCAUUUUUUAAAUUGGGAAUCAGCCAGCGUUAAAUUCGAAUGUUGCGGACUGACAGUCACAGUUGUUCAAAAUAUCUUUAUAAAAUAACGUGUUCAUUGGCUUAUUACAGUAGAUAGCGGGAUAUUUUCGAUAACUGUGACGAGUUGUAAAUAAAUGUGUCCAAAUGUAUUUUGUAAAUCACAGAUAAAGAUCUAGUAACAAGUGCAAUUACAUUAAUAAUGUAUUUAAAACGAUUCGUCCACUUCGAAGUAUUAUUUAAACGAAUUGGUUAGAGAGGAAACCGUGAGGUUAUAACGACAUACAACUACCACUUCAGGUAGACCUCUCUUGUUUUAGUUCGAUAGUUUACUAACAUAAAUGUUUUAUUAUUAAAGAAUUUUAUGUUACAUUUUUCCUUUUACACAAAACCUCAAAUUUUUCUCGUCGCUCCUAAUAUAAAUUUGAAAGUUGCUUUGUCAGUCUGUAGGACACAAUUUCAUGGAAAAUUCCCAAUUCUCAUGAAAUUGUGACCGGUGAAGUGGUCAAUAUAAGCAAAAUAUUAUCCUCAUAUUGAAAAUUUUGAAGAGUCAUUUAUUAAGAUGGACUAAUGUCAAGCUCAUAUAUAAUUGGUGACUGGGCAGUAGGUUUACUGAUUAUUACUGUGUAGUCGUAAUUUGUAGGUAUAUUUUUAAUUAAACUAAAUAUUUCAUUUGUUACGGUCAAAACACUUACCUUGUGCAGUCGGAGGCGGUACCCAAAGGCCGUCUCCACUCUCCACACUGGAAUAUUCAUUUACCCAUUUUAUUGUUGUAUAUCUAAAUGUUUUGUUUUUUUUAUGAAAUCUUAAUUAUUAUAAAUAUAAAUCAUAGUAAGUUAUUAUUAUAAAUUUACAAAUCAAGAACUGUUAAUAUUUAUGAUUCAUUUAUUGCUAUUACAAAUCGAUAUUGUAAAUCUGAAUAAUACAAUAUUAAGCUUCAUAUAUUUUAAACAAAAAGAAACACAAUACGAAAUGUUAUGUUUUGAUGUUACAAUUUUAAUUCGCCAUAAGCCAAAAGAACGGUAAACAAAUGCCAAAUGUAAAUGCAUUUUCUAUCGAAAUAAUUAAGCACUUAGAUAUAAAUUAAUAUUUAUAUAUUUGUAGCAGACCGCUGGAGUGUGAUGGUGAUGUUUCAAAGUUAUUUUAAUAUAUUAUGAUGCGUUUACAACAGCUUAGUAGCUAAAGUCUAGCACUUGUCAUAAUAUGCUAGAGUUUCAAUUAUACUUAACUGUACUUAAAUCAUAGUUCCUCCUUCCUAAAGGUGUUCCUCAAUUUUUUGGUUCGCGGGGUUUUAAAUCGAAAUAUAUCUUGAUUUUUUUUACUGGAGUAAAUGACAGAACUAGCACAUGAUCUAUCUCUGGUGAAGUUUUUAUUAUCAUUAUCUGCCCAUAACAAUGUCACUUUAUUAUUACAUUGCAUCACAAAACGACUUCCAGUUUAGCGAUAAGUUCGUUUACAUAACUCUACCCCCGUCACACUGAAACCUAAGAUGGAAUGUCUUACGCCCCCAAUAUCGGCACCUACAUCCAUCAAACCGUUACACAACAUCUUAAGUGCAGCUGCAUUCAAUAUCACGAGUAAAUACUUGAUCUUACUGAGAUCAUUGUGAAGGGUCGUGCUAAAAGGCGCUGGUAAUUUACCAGAAUGUAGCUAGAUCAACGUCCAAUAAUUGAUCGCACAAAUAAAUUAUCUCUGUUCUAACAUUGAUGACCAUCUCCAUAACUCUGUAGAUUUAAACAAUCGUACAUAUCCAUAUAGUGUCCGCGUUUGUGAUAGCUUGUAUAUGCGAAUAACACGUAAUAAUACUAUUGGAUUCAUUCAGUAAGAUUGUAUCAGAUUUAAUAUUUAUAAUAAUAUAGAUUUAAAAUAAUUUAAACAACGCCCAUAUUGCCGCGACACAAAGUAUGGAUUUUUUGUAUAAUUUAAUACAAAGUUUUGUCUUCCCAAUAAUUUAAAGCAAUAAUUAUUAUGGAUUCUUUAUUCCGAGCUAUAUUAUUUGAAAUGAAACAGUCAAAUGUAAUCGUUGCACCUGUUACAUCUAAUUAUAAAAUUAAUUUGAUAAGAAGGUUAACAGCUUUCAUUAAGUAUAUGUGUAUAUAAUAAACACCACUAAUCGGACAUUCCAGAAAAACUGUCCAAACCACAAUUAUGUCGAAAUUGAGUUAAGAACAUAAAACUGUUCACAUGAUUCAUAUUAACGGACUGACAAAAAAUGGCAGCCCUACUGUCACUCUUUAAAUGACAACAUGACGCUGUAGCCCAACCUAAAUGUAUGGAAUACACUAAUAUUUAUUAAACUUUAAACAUGAAUUUCUUAAAAUGUGAUGUUUGUGGCUUGGAAUGUUUUCAGGAACUAUCUCCAUUGUAUCUGAAAAUAUUGCUUAGUUCUUAACCGUAUGCGCAUCAGUACAAGCUAUCACAAGCCUUAAGUACUUAACUGAAAGUUAACGUAGUGGCGAGAUGAGCAUAAAUCGUAAUAAGUAGAUUAAAAUAUAUUGCAUAAUGUGGUUGUGAUACCGGAGAUUGUGGAACCAUCAUAAUAUUGUUUAGUUUAGAUAAUAUAAUUACUAAGGCAUAUUAUAGAACAAAACAUUCUACUGGUCAAAAAGCAUAAUAUUUAGCAUUUGGAACAUUAAUUAGAAAUAUGAUUGUAAUUGAAAGUCCGUUAUAAAAUAGAAUACAUUAUCAUCCUUUAAGUGUCUACUAAAAUGUUUUGAUGUACUUAACGUUUAGAGUAUAGAUUCAUUACCAUAAACUUUUUGACCAGGAGAAAGUUUUGUUAGUUAUUUAAUAAAAUAAGUAGUUUAUUCAUAAAUUUGGAGACUUGUACAAAUUGCUCACAAUUGUAAAUUUUCAAAAACGACUGAUCAGAAAUGAUUUCUCAUCGACUGCUGGUUACAUAAACUUAUAAAACUCAACUUAAUAUAAAAUUAACGUUAAAAUUGAGAUCCAACACACAUAAGCACUCGAUGUUACUGAAAUCGCCAGCUUGUUUUUAUAACCGUUUUUUCAUAAUAUGGCUGUAGAGUACUCAAUAAUUAUAUUUAUGAAUGUAAAUGUUAAAUUUGUAUAUAUUGAAAACGAUGUGAAUGAAAGAAUAAUAAAAUGUCUUUUUAUUACAAAAUGGA